AUGCCAUUUUGUCGAACAUUAAAUGCCGAGGAACUAAAAGAGCUAGAUGAUUGGAUGAUCCAUAAACAGAUCAAGCUUGACAAUCGCACACGUCGCGAUCUAUCCGAUGUUGUGACCGUCGCCCGACUCUUUAAGAAAUUUAAUGCAAGGCUGGUUGGCAUGUACAAUUAUAGCUCGCACAGUAGCUUUGCCUUAAAGUUGGAAAACUGGGAGAUCUUUAAUUUGAAAGUGCUACGAAAAUUGGGUUUUAAAUUGUCCCGCGACGAUCUAGAGCAGCUUGCCUCGGCCAGUCUAACCGCCUCACAAUCGCUGCUCUAUCAUUUGAUGUGCACCGAACGAGAUGGACUUAAACUACAAUUCCAACCACAAAUAAAUCCCCUGAUGGGAUCUCAGGAAGCAUCCCAGGAAGACAUGCAGACGGUUAGUUUGGGAGAUAGUUUGGCAGCUAACACCUUGGCAGUGAAAACCAAGAAUGUGCCAUAUACAAUGUAUAAGCAAUUGAUUCAGGAGAAACAUAAGAAGGACAAAUAUAUCAUCUCUGUGCGCCAUAAAGUUCGGUUACUUCAAAGCCUCAUCUUAGUAAAAGAAGAGCGGAUCAACAAGCUAAUGGAACGCCUGGCCGCACUUUCCGAACGCACUCCACUUUAA